AUGAAGGAUUUAUAUUCCCUUUAUGAAGAUAUAAGUGAAAAUGAUAAAAUUAUUAUUUCAGAAAAGUUAAAAAAUCUACUGAACUAUUUUCAAGACAAAAAUAAAUCUUAUGUUUCCGAAUUUGUGGUUGUAAGUAGAACAAGAUUUUUUAAAUCUAUUAGCAACUAUGGAGAAUUUUUACUGUUGCAAUCUUCUUCACGUGUAAUAGGUAGUUAUGAACAUAUCUUAAGGUUAUUACACCAAUCAAAGGUGUAUUUAGAAUUUGUGAGAUGCUUAAAACUUAACAACUGUUCCAUAAUUGAUAAUGAAAAAUAUGAAGAGGAAAUAUCAAAAUUCAUUAAUUAUUUAGAAUCCAAAAGAAAAAAAUAUUACUAUCACAUAUGUCGAAUACUUAUAAAAUUUAUUGUAAGUUCGCUUAGUGAUAACACUAUAGAUAACAAAUUUAUGGAAAAAGAACUUGACAUGGAAGAAGAUAACAUAGAUGGAUACGAAAAGAAUGGAAAUGAGAUGGAUGUAAAAAAUGAGGAAUAUAAUAAUUCAUAUGAAAGUCAAAGGGUUAAAGAUAAUAAUAGUAAUUAUAAUAAUAAUAAUAUGAAUAUUUGGACCCAAAAUGAUAAUGAUGAAAAAAUUGUUAUGGAACCUUUUGAUGAACUAGAAGAAUAUGGAAAUUAUUUAUAUAACGUUUUAAAUCAAAUGGAUAAUAAAUCAUGGAAAGAUAAAAACCAUGCAGAAUAUUUAAAAGUUAUCAGUCUAAAUGAUGCAAUUAUUAAAGAAGACCAUGAUAAAAGUAAAAAUUCUGAAAAUAAUAAUAGUUUAACUAAUACGUCUAAUAUGACAAAUAAUAUGAUUCUAUUACCAAAAUAUUUAGAGAAUGUAAGGAAUUGUAUAUAUAAUCAUCAGACCAAAUCUAUGUUAGAAGUGAAAUCUAUGAUUGAACAUGCAAUGAGUGAUAAUAUAAAAGCUCCACUAUUCAAAACAGGCAAAAUAGUUAGUGCAAUGUUACCUUCUCCCAAUUAUGAAAAAUAUUGGUCUACCACCCAACCAGAGUUUUCAAAUAAAAUUGACACAUCAUUUGUACAAAAUAUGAUAAUGAAGUUUUUUAAUUUACAGAAAAAUACAACAUCAGCUGAUAAUAUGACUUCUACAAAUUAUAAUAUAAAAUUUUACGACAUUUUUAAAAUUAUUUUAAAAGGAAUAUAUUCUAUGAAAUGUGAAAAUGAAGAAACACAUAUCUUUCUUAAUCAAUUAUUGAAUAAAAUCAAGAAAAAAAAAUACCCAUUAAAUUAUAAUGACCAACUAUUAGAUAAGAAUUUAAAAACAGAUGAUUUAUAUGACUAUUUAUUAUUACCUUUACAUUUAUAUAAUAACACACAUGAAAUAUGUGAAGGAAUAUUAAAAUACACCAUAUAUAAUAACGAUUUGGUAUCAACAAUCAAAAUAGUAGAUACCUUUUUAACAAUAUCUGUAUAUGAAAAUUCUUUGAAAGAAUUAGUCCAUUUAUUAAACACACUGGCAGAAUGUAUAAUUCUACCAUACUUAAGAAGUGAAAUAAAAGAAAAUAUUAAGCGUGAUACUUGUGAUAAAGACAUAAACGGGGGAUUAUUAUGUAAAAAUUUUGAAAAACAAUUGACGAAUGAAUUUAAUAAAAUCAGUGAUGAUAACAAAAAUAAUAAUAAUAUUGAAAGUAUAGAUACUAAUAAAAAUAUAGAUAAUAUAAACAAAAAUAAUAAGAAUAAUAAAAAUGAUGAUGAUAGUUUGGAUGAGGACCAAUUUUUUUUUGAUAACUUUUCAAAUUUACAUAAAUUAAUUUGUAAAAUUCCUUUGCACGAAUAUGAGUCUCUAAAACUUUUAGAACUAUUUUCAUUACAAUAUCCAAUGUUUUUAAAAAUUCAAAACAAACCUCAAAGGUGCUUAAAGGAUAUUUCCAAGCCCUGUGAAUACUAUAGUAAUACGCUUCCAAUAUAUGGUUCUUAUAUUUUUCAAAUUGCAGUUUCUUUUGAAAUUGACAAUUCUAUAAAAGUAUUAGAUGAGCUUGGAUCAAAAUGUAAAAUUUGUUUUCAGCUAAGUAAUAAUAAUAUGAACGAUGAAAAUAGCACUGAUACGGUUAUGAGUGAUCAUAAUUCAAAUAUACAGAACAAAGAAUACAAUUUUUUAGAAAUAAAUUUUCAACAAAAUCAUAUGUAUACAAAAUAUAAUAAAUCGUCUGUAAAGGAAGAAGAUGAAUCAGAAAAGAGUAUGAAAACAAAAUCGAGUUCAAAAAAUAAUGACCAAACAAAUAAAACAGAUAAAACAAAUAAAACAAAUAAUUGUAAUAAUAAUAAUGAUGACACAUUUGAAGAAUACGAAAAAAAUAAUAAGAAAAAAAAGAAAAGUGUACAAGUUAACAAACUUAUAAAUGUGUAUGAUAUAACAAACAUGAAUACUAUCGUAUUUGAUAUUUUGAUAGAUCAAGGUUGUUUUAGCAGUGAAACAAAUGUAAACGAUGCAACAAAUGAUAGUGGUAAAAUAAUUAUAUAUUCCAAUGGAAGACAUUUGUUAACAUCUAAUAUAAAUAAAAAAAUUAUUGGUUUUAAUGAAAAGAAAGGUUUAACUAAUAAUAAUAUAAAAUUAAAAGUAUUUACUUCUCGUACAUGCAGUUUUGAAUUUCCUAAGGAAUGUUGCUGGUCUUCAGCAUUUGUUCAAGAACUAGUAAACAGAAAACUAAUUCCAGAAACUAACCAAAAUUUUCUACUUAAAAAUCCUAUUAAUAUAAUAGAACUUUACAAUAAAGUGUCCAUUGCAUUAAACCGUUAUUUAUAUCGUUUUUGUGAAUGGAAUAAUGGAGAUUAUAAAAGAAUUGUUGAAAAUGAUAGCUGUUAUACUUUAUACAACAAUAUUGAUAUUAAUACAUUUGAAGCCUUAAUAAAAUAUACAGAGAACAAUAAUAAGAUUCUUAAAAAAUUAUAUACUCUAAGCAAAAACUGUGCAAUAGAUAAGGAAAAUUACAUCGAAAAUAAUAAACAUAAUAUAAAUUAUUAUUUUUCCUUAUGUCCAGUCAAGAAUUAUGUUAGAAAAUAUAGAGAAUAUAUAUAUGAAUGGAAUCAAACAUCCGAUUCACAAAUUUGUGCUUUAAGUAUUUUAAAAUUAUAUCUAAAAAAUAAUUUGGAUGUAAAUAACGGUAGAAUAGAACAUAAUGAGAAAUUCUACUCCUUAUCAGAACGAUUAAUAAAAUCAUUUUUAAAAAUAAUUAAACUAAAAACCCCAUUUAUUAAUCGAGAAGAUUUUUAUGUAAAUGACAAUUAUGAAAUGGAAGAAUUAGACUUGGAUGGAAGUUUAUGGUUAUUAAGAAGAAAUGUUUUUCAAAUACUUUUAGAUGCAGAUAAAAUAAUAAUGAGCAAUAUAUUUAUGAGAAUAAAUAUAGAAACAAUAUUAAAUUUGCUUAAAUUUUUUUCAGAUAAUAAUAGUUUAGAUUCAGAUAUGAUAUUAAAAUUGUUGAAAUCGUUAGAAGAAAAAGGGAUUUUGGAAAUAAUGAUGAAAAGAAUGUUAAGUACUCCAUAUAAGGAUAGUACAGAAUAUAAUAAUUCUAACGAUAAUGAUAAUAUACAUUAUACACAUAAUUCCUUGAAAUCACAAAAUAUAAGUUCAAGCACUUAUUCAUCCUCGUCCUCGAGCUCAAAUUUAUAUAAUACUAAUGCGGACAAUUUCAAUGAUAUAUAUAUAAAUAAUAAUGGCGAGGAAAAACGAAAGAAAAGGAAAUAUUAUGAAGAAAAUAUGCAUGAAAUUCAAAGAUAUGAAAAACGAAAACGAAAUAAUAAAUCAAGAAUAAUUGAUACAACUCAUUUUGGUGUUUUUGUAGAAGAAUUAAUGACCCUAAUAGAACACCAGACAAAUAAUGCAAUCAAUACACCUGUUGUAAAUCAUAUGGAAGAGUAUGACGCUUUUAUGGAAAAUAAAGCUUGUGAUGUAAUCCAUAAGUUAUGUUCCUUUUAUAAUGAUGAAAUUAAAAGUGAUGUGUUUCUUCGAAAUUAUAAUCAUUUUAAUCUUUGUAUAAAAAUAUUAAAUGAAAUAAAAAAAAAGAAUAAUCAUAUAAGUAGCGCAAGUGAAGUUGCAUCUAUAUUUUUAAGAGGCGUAGUUUUGAUGCUUACUACUUAUAUAUUAACAAUAGCAACUGAAUAUGAGACUACCAAAACGUUUUUAUACAAACCGGUUAUACCUUUUUACAAUUUGCAUAAUGAAAUGUUAAAGAAAAAAAAAAACAUUCGUGUGUAUCAUGGAGAUGAAAUAAAACGAAUGAUAGGUAUGAAUAGUAAGAGUGUGGAGCAAGAUAGAUAUAAUAACCAGUUUAAUCAAUAUGGUUCAAAUAAUAAAUCGUCCAACAUAACUAAUCAAAAUGUAGAUAUAUUAAAAUGUGAUAUGGAGGAUGUUAGCAGUUGUAAUAGUAGAUAUUCAAGCUUUAUCAAUCAAAAUUGGGAAUUAGAAUAUAAUAAAAAAACAACAACAACAAAUUCAAUAUAUAAUAAUGAAUAUGAUAAAAGAGGUGAUGUUAAAAGUAGAAAUCACGUAAAUUCUUGGAUCCCAUUGAUUUCUAAUCAAAAUGUUGGUUCUAUGGAUGGUGUUAUUAUCAAUUCAGAUGAUUCCGGUUCCCAAUCAUUCUUAGUAAGUAAAAGGAAAGUAUAUACAAUUGGUCGAAAGAGCUUCGAAAGCGUAAAUAUAUAUGAUGCUAACGAUGAUGAGGAUGAUGAAGGAGAGGAUUAUAACAACGAGGAUUAUGAAUAUUGUGACGAUGAAGAACAAAAUGUUGAAUAUGAAGAUACAGAGGAAGAAAAUGAAAACUAUCAUAUGAGAAAAGAAAGACGAGUACAUCAAAAAAGAAAUUCAAAAGUAUCAAUUAAUAAAAAAACCAAUACCAGUUUAAGCGAUAAUGAUAAUUAUAGCUCUGAUGAAUUAGAAGAAUUUUAUCUAAGAAAAAAUUUAUUAGAUUUAUGUGAAAAUAAUAAUGAAUCAAAUAAUUUCAAAAGUCAGUUGAACGAAAUUUUAUAUAAACUUUCUAGGAAGAAAAAAUAUGCAAAAAACACUAAAAAGUUAAAACUAUUGAAAAAGAAAAUAAUAAAAUAUAAAAAUGUUUCGAAAAAACUAAAUUUCAUUUUUUCCCUAUUGGAAGAAAUAUUAAAAAUUAUGUUAGGUGUUGGUUUGCGAGUGUUAUCUAGUAUAUCAUAUCAUUAUUUAUAUGAGAAAAAUGGAAUAUAUAAGUUUAUUAAUAUAUUUGGAUCCAAUAUAAUAAGAAGUGAUUUGAGGGAUAAAGGUACUUUUCUUGAAUUAUGUGAGAAUAUGAUAAAGCCGAAAUGUUUAACUUUAUUACAAGCAUGCACGUUUAUUAUAAGUGGAAUAAUACCAUGUUUAGGUUACGUGACUACGCUUUUUGUUGAUAAAAAAGCAAACAAAUAUUUUUACAUAAAAGAGUUGAAUAAUUAUUUGUCUUUAAAAAUGGCUUUAAAUAUAUGGCCUAUCUUUUUAAAGAUAACUUUACAAGGUUUAUUAACAUCUAGACAUUUAUCAUCUGAAAUGUCAGUACACAAGGACAAUUUACAUCCGAUAGCUGAAUGUUGUAUUAGUAUCACUAGUUUAGCAACUCAUUUUUUGACCUUAUUUACUAAAAUGAUUGAUAAUUUAAGUAGGUAUGAAAUUUACUUCAACCUUAAAAAGGGCAUGAACACAUUAGGUAAUAAUUAUCCAAUACCUUUAAUUUUAAUAAAUUCUGCAAAAUAUAUUCGUAUAGAAUCUAAAAAAAAUAAAUAUUACGAUAUAGAGAAGGCCAUUAGAACUAUAUUAUUGCAAUUGACUGAUUGUUCUGUAUGUGAUUAUGAAAAUUAUGUGUUUAACCAUUACAUGCUUCCUCAAAGUAUUUCCAGUUUUUUAUAUGCUACCAGAAUUAACAAUGAGAGUAAUAUGGAAAAUGAACAUUCAUCGAAUAAUAUAAAUGCUCACGAAACAGAUUAUCAUGAUAUUAGUAUAAAUAAAAAUAAAACAUUGGGAAAUAAUAUGGUAAAAAAAUAUCAGUCAAUGUAUGAAGAUGAUUAUGAAGAGGAAAAGAUGGGUAUCCGAAGUCGUUCUAGAAGGAGUAUAUCUUUAAAGAAAAAAUCGGAAAGAAAUAACAAUAAAGGAGAAAAUGACAACGAUAUGGACCAUAAUAAUAAUAAUAAUAAUAAAAAUUCCUUUGAUAGUCGUAGUUAUAACACAAAUCCUCGUAAUAAUAAUAAUAAUAAUAAUAAUAUUACGUGCGAUAGAAAAAAUAUGGAAUUUCUCAAAAAUUUAAUGAACAAUGAUCAUGAUGCUGUACAAUGCUUAGGAAGAGCUUAUAGUGUAUUUCAUAAAAAUUUUGAGAGAGCGCAAAUAGCCUUUGUCGCAGUCUUUUUACAUCUAACUGGUUAUAAACAUGAUCAAACAAAAGGACCACAUCAAAAUUACAAUGUUGCGAAAAAUAACUGUGAUAAUAAAAAUGAUAGUAUAAUAAUAGAAGAUUCCUUAGAGUACAAAAAAAUAAAAAUUGCAUGCAAUUUAGCCAGGCAAGGUGUUAUAGAUCUUAUAUCAAAAAGUCAGGCAUCACAAUAUCAUAAAAAAAGUAUAGAAGAAUAUAAUAUAUCAUCCAAAAAUAAAAAAAGCAAGGAACAUAUAGAAGAACAAACAAGUAUGGAAUAUUUUGAAGGAGAUAAUAAAAGGAUGAAUAAUAUAAAGUGUGGUUCGCAAAAUGAUUUCAAAAAUUUAGGAACAGAGAGUCAUCAAAAUAUACAUGAAAUUGAUCCUAAUGAUAAUAAUAAAAGUAACGUUUACAGUAGUAUUGAACAAGUAAAUGAUAUGCCUUUAAAUAAAAAAAAAUCGCCAUUUUUACUGUUGUCAUCAGAUUUAGAUGAAAAAAAUGACUUGAAUUCUUGCAAUUUUAGCAAGGAAGAAUUAAACUGUAUAAAUGAUGUACAUCCAAAUGGGGAAAAACCGAGCUACAAUAAAAGUAACGAAUUCGUAGCAAUGGAUUCAAUUCAAAAAAAGCGAGAAAAACAAAUUGACAAAAUUUUAAAAAAAUGUGAAUGGAUUAUAAAUACAUAUCCUUUUGGACUAUGUCCCGUUUCUGUAAAAGAAAAUAUAUCUCAUGAAUGGGAUGAACAUUUUGUUUUUAUGAGAAGAAAUUCUUAUGACAUUCCUAUAACUGUUAGAAAAAUGUAUUCAGAUCGUAGCAGUUAUCAAAUGUUGCAUGAAGUUGCUACUAUGCCAACAGUUGCAGUAGAGGCUAGUGUAUCUUCUUUGAGUUAUUUGGAUCAAUUAUUUAGUCACCAAAAUAAAAUAAAUGAUGAUAAAUUAGAAUGUAUACAAUUUAGUACUGAAAAUAUUUUUGGUAAGAGCACCACUAAAAAUUUGUUCCUUUUAAAAAGAUUAUUAAAAACGUAUAAACGAAAUGUAUGUAUAAGGGAGCCAUCUAAUCAAUUAGAUACGAAUAAAUAUGAUAAAAAUUGUCUUGAGAAUAAUAAACAAUUUCAUACAUAUAUAUGUAAUAAUAAAAAUGUGAACUUUUCCAAUAGUUGUGCUAGUUGUGAUAGUGGUGGAGCGAAUUAUUAUAAUGAUGAAUCCAACUAUUAUAUGAAUUUCCAAUUUUCUGAAAAGAAUAAUGAUAACCUUUCAAAUAAUUCGUUAGUAUUAAAAUAUAAUAAUUUAUGUAAAACAAAUAAUCUUGAAAAAUUUGGAGAAUUGUGGUUGAAUCCUCGAUCAACUAAAAAUUAUAUAUAUCAUAAUGAUCAAGAUGUACAACACAUAGAUGAAUUUAAUUCUAAUUUGAUGAAUUAUAAACCAGAAUGUUUCCUUUUUUCACUGAAAUCUGUUGAUGAAAAUGAUUAUAUAAUGAGGAAUGAAAACAUGAACAAUGUCAAAUGGGAUCCAACUGGAAGUCAUAUUACAAAGUAUACGAAUUCAAUGUUUGAUUAUUAUGACAAUGCAUCUGAUAUGAAUUUAUCGGAGUUACAUGGAAAAUGUAAUGCAUUUUACAAACCUCAGAAAAUAAUACGCUCAAUGAAUAAACAAGAAUUUUUACCGGUAUUAUAUCAAGAAGAAAUGUUAAGAAAUCAACAAUAUCAUACGGCUAAUAAUACUACUUCUAUAAUUAAUACUACAAAAAAGAAGAGUUUUCCAUCUUUUGAUUAUUUUAGAAAUAAAUAUCUUCCAAAUAAUUCGGUUGAUUUUACAAUUAACAAUACAGUUGAUCAUACUAUUGACUCAAAGGAUAUGUUACAAUUAAAGGAAAUAUUGAAAUUUAUAAUGAAUGAUACCGACCUUGAAACGGUUUUAAAUAUUAUAAGAAUAGAGCAAUUAACAUCUUUGUGUAGGUAUUUAAUAAGUAGAAGUUUAAAAUCGAUGUUAUGUGCUGGAAUUUUCGGAGGAAUUAAAAAUCCCAUAGUAAACAUGAGCAAAAAAAAUCUAAGCUCCAACAAACGUUCACAAAAGGGAUAUAAUUCCAAUUCGGAUGAUAUUAAAAAAAAGAAGAAAAGCAACUGUAAUGAGAAUGAAUCUAGUUUGGAUAAAUAUAAUGAUAAAGUAAAUAAUGGUGAUACCAAAAAUAGUGAGAACGGAAAAAUAUAUAUUGAUGAUAAAAAAUAUUAUAAUGAUGAACUAAAAAAUAGUGAUUAUUCAAAAAAUAAUGAAGAAAGCAAUUAUCUUAGUUUAUCCAAAGAACCAGAUGAUAUUUUGUUGCCUUCAAGAAAUUAUGAAAAAGAUAUUUCUUCUUGUGUAAAGAAAAAUCGUUUUUCUGUUUUAAGUGAGGCUCAUAAAGAAGAGAAUGUACUAAGCAAUCAACGUAAAUUAAAACAUUUCGAUUUAAACCAGAAGAUUUUAAAAAGCGAUAGAAGAAAGAAGGGUAUAUUAGAACAAUGGAGACAAAAAUCUCAUAAAAGUAUGCAAUGGCCUGUGAUAUUAGAUUUGUUGGUUCCAUCAUUUAGCAGAGGAUCAUAUAACGAGUGUAAUAGAAUGAUAUCUAAUAUGGAAUCAUCAUUAUUUUCAGUGCAAAAUUAUGGAUGGAUGUUAUUAAAAUUGUUGCAUAUAAUUAUUAUCAAAUUCAGAAGUCUAACACCAUUGAAAACUAUAAUGAGAGAAAUAGAUGAAAAAAAUAGAAAUAAUAGUAAUAAUAGUAAAAAUAAUCUGAAGGAUAGUAAUAAUAUCAACAAUAAUAAUAAUAAUAAUAAUAAUAUUAAUUGUUAUUAUACGAAUCAGUGGAAUAGUUCUAAUAUUAAAGACCCAUUUGAAUAUAAUUACUGGUUCACACAACCAAUGGAAUAUGCUCUUUCAUUUACUUUAACUGAUAUUACUAAAAGCAUAUGUAUAUGGUAUUUAAGAUAUAACCGUAAAUUGAUAAUGAAUUCGUCUAGUUUUUCAGAAAUUAUCAAAAAUUCUAUGAAUACUUUAUGGAUAGAGAGUGUUUUACGAUUAAUAGCUUUACAAAUAUGUUUAGGAGUAAAACCAUUAAAUGAUAGUCGAUAUGUGGUUCCAUUUUUGUAUCACAUGCUUACUAUUUGUCAACCAUUGCUUCGAGAAGUUCAUAUUAGUGGUGACUAUUUGAAGAAAAAGCUUUUCGGAGGAAAUAAAAUGUUAUAUUAUUCGAAUAGGAAUAAUUCCCUUUUACAGGUAAAAUGUACACAUUGUCAUAAAUCUGUUUGUAUGUCUUCUAGAAGAAUCAGUUCUAAGGUGUCUCAAAUGGAAACACCUUUAAAGAGUAUAAGGAAGGGCAAUUUAUCUGAAGUAUCUUCGAAGAAAUCCUAUUUAAAUGGUCACACGUAUAGUAAUAAUGACAAUUAUGAUAAUUAUGAUAAUGACAAUUGCGAUAAUUAUGAUAAUGACAAUGAUAAUGACAAUAAUAAUGACCAUGAUAAUGACAAUGACAAUGACAAUUGUGAUAAUCCCCAAAAUGACAAGGGUGUUAAAGGAUAUAUUCACUCCGAACGAGUACAAAAGAAACAGAAAAAAACAAAACAGAAAAUUAUUAAAAUGAAAAUGUAUAACCUUUCUGAACAUGAACAUGAAGAAAUAUUAGAUAAUGUCAUUACAGGAAUUAUUAUUUAUCAUCAAAUAGUACAAAAUAAUAAUCAGCACAUUAAUAAAAUGAUGAUUUUACAAAACUUGAAAGGUUUUAAAAUAAAAGAAGAAUAUUACACAAAUGAAAACCAUUAUUGGGCUUUAUGUAUCCAACAAUAUAAAAAUUCACCCUUAUAUACAUUACCUUUGAAAAAUCUGAAUAAAUCUAUAAAACACAACAACAGAAAUAUUUUUCAAACGACAGACAUGAACGAAUCAGAUGAUUCCUCUUGUUAUUAUUGGUCUGUAAGUGGUGAUCCAGUAUAUAAUAUUUAUGGAAAUGCUAAAGCAAUAUCAGACGUACAAUUAGAAAUAUGUGCUCAUAAAAAGUACGAUUCAAAUGUACGAUCUUAUCUCAAAAAAAAUAACUUCGAAUUAGAAUUUUCCAUAAAUACUCAUAUGAAUGAUGUAGUAAAUAUUUGGAUUAAAAGAAAGUCAAUUAUAAUAAAUAAAGAAUUGAUAGAAAUUACCGACCAUCAUUCAAUUUCACCUUUCACAAAAGGGAAUACAAAGAAAGAGAUGGAAAAAAAUGAAGAUGAGAAAAUAAAAAAUAAAGGAAAGAAUAAAAUCAAGACAAAUGAUGAUAAAAAGAAAAAUAGUACUAUUAAUAAUAACAACGAUAGUUACGAUAGGAAUUAUAAAUAUAAUGCUUAUAACGAUGAGGAAAGUCAAGGUAAUCAUAAGGAAGCAAAUAAAAAAUACUCAAAUGAGAGCGAAAACGUGGAAUAUUCAUCAGAACAUUUUUGUGCUUGCACGAAGGUGUACACAGAUGAAGAUUAUUCAAAUGAUGAUUAUAGUAAUGGUUAUAAUAAUAAAAAUAUGUAUUCAGAUGAUAAAAGAAAUAAGGACAAUUACGAUCAUGGAGACAAUAAUUUGAAUUAUAAAAAAUUAAAAUUAAUUAGCUGGAAUUUAAUACAAACAAUUCUUUGGGGAAUAUUAGUUUCUGGAGAAAAUGUUCAAAUGGAAAAUUCGGAUCAAGUUAUUUCUGAAAGUACUACUAAAUAUAUCAAAAAGAAAAUAUGUAACAUACAAGAUGAAAUAGAUGCAAAUGGAAAUAAUCAAAAUGAUUAUAAGGAUUAUAAAUAUGCCUUUUAUAAACUUCAAAGAAAAAGUUUAAUUGAAUCUGUAUUAAAAAUGAUUAUGUCUGUUUUAAUAAAAUUAUGUAACAUUAUAAAAUUAUAUAAUGAUUUAACUAAAAAUAAAAAGGGCUCUUUUUACAUUUGUAUUAAUAAUACAAAAAUUAGUUUGAAACAAGUAAAGGAUUGUGAAAGAAUGAUAACAGAUUUUAUGUAUGCAUUAAUAAAAUGUGUACAAAAUUCUUCUACAGCUGCUGUUACUCUUCUUAGAUGUUUCUUAUUUGGUCAAGAUAAUCCUACUUAUCGUUUUAGAAAAUUAAAUAAAUUACAAAUCAAUUGCAAAUUUUAUAGAUUGAUUACUGAAUGUAUAAAAAAAGCUCCUAGUGACGCAGAUGAUAUAAGUAUUUUUUUUAAUACUUAUUUAGAUAAAAGAAAAACAUUGAUGAAUAAUGAUAAUGAUAAAAUAAAUAACAAAACAACUAAGAAAACAAAAAAAGAAAAAAGGACUAAAUCCUAUAAAAAUCAAAUGUAUGAUGAAAAUGGAACGAUGGAGAAUAAUUUUAAAAAUAAUAUGGGUGACCUGAAAUGGAAUGAAGAAGAGGUGCUGGUAGCUCCAUCAAAGGAUAAAUCAAAACAUAAUAAUAAUAAUAAUAAUAAUAAUAAAAAUGAUGAUGAUAAUAUUAAUAAGGAUAAUAUUAAUUAUGUUGACGACGAAUACGCUUAUAAUAAUAAUAAUCAUAAUAAUAAUAGAUGCAUUAAAUAUAAAGGAAUGGAUUUGAAAAUGACCAACUUUUUCUUCAAAUAUUAUGAUACUAAUAUGAAAAAGAAUUACAACGAAAGCAAGAUACAUGGAUUCUUCUUAUUAAGAUGUUUACCUCCAAUAAAAAUGUUUCCGAAACAAUUGGUUCUUCAAGAAACUCAGAAAUUGUUUAAGAAUGAAAAUUAUUUUCUGUUUAACUCUAAAAAGGAUGGAUUAUAUAAUAAUGACAAAAAUGAGAGUUUAAAUAAAAAUAGAAAUAAUAAUAAUAAUAACAUUGAUAAUAAUAAUAAUAAUGAUAAUAAUAAUGAUGAUGAUAAUAUUAAUAAUAUUAAUAAUAAUAAUAAUAGUAAUAACAGUAAUAGUAAUAACAGUAAUAAUAGUAAUAAUAGUAAUAAUAAUAAUAAUUAUUAUUAUAAUAAUAAUGAUUAUCAGAUAGGAGAACAUAAUAAUAUGCAAGUACAUACCAGUUCAAAAGAAAAUACAUUAUAUCCUGAUGAUUACCAACAUGUGGAUAUAGGUACCACAAAUAAUGAAGGAAAUUCUCAAUGUAAUAGCAUAAAUAAUAUUUUAGGAUUAAUACCUAGAAUAUCAUAUAGAAAUCAUCCAUUUGAUGAUUUACCUCAAUCUGAAUUUUUCAUGUGUAGUCGACCUUCAGACGAUUUUGAAGCUCAUAUGGAAGGUCGUGUUUUGAGAGUAUUAAGAGGAUUAAAUUUAGGAGGUGUAGUUUUAUGUCUAGCACCCUUGACCUUCCCAGCUUUACAUGUUGGGCCCAAUGAAGUAAAUGAUAUAAUUAAUUUCCGUAUACAAACAAGAGGUCGUUUUGGUGUAACUGUAGCUCCAGCUGAAUGUGUUCUAUCUAACGUGUCUGAAGUAUUUGAUAGAAAUGAUGUGGUUGGAUUUAGAACUAAUAUGUGUCCUCCAUUUAGGCAUGAUGUAUUUGCAGCAAAUGUGCAAUAUGAAUUAGGUGAUUUGCUCAGUGUAAAAUUUAAUGUAGAAGAUCAACAAAAUCAAAAAUGUUUAAGAACGGAACUGAUGGUUUCAGGAGUAAGUAUUGGAUCUGUAUUAGAAGUAUUAUUUGAAGCUGAUUCGCAAAUCGAAUUUGAGAGGAGAAUGAAUUUGAUAUUUAUUUUCCAGGACCCUUUAACUAUUGUUUAUGAAGGUCCAACAUUUACUAUGCAAUAUGUAGAUCCAAAUAAGAAUAAUGCAAAUAAUUUUAGGAAUGACAAGAAAAAUGCAGAUGAAGAAUUUUUAAAUCAAUUUUAUUCCUUAUCCGGAUAUGAUAAGAAAGAUAUUAAAAAGGAGAUACAAAAAAUUAGAUUGAAGAAAAACGAAUUUUACGAAUCGGUUAAACUUUAUCAAUCGAUACUUGAAUCAGAUAAUGAAAUAUUAAAAGAUUUAAAACAUGAAGUUAUUAUAAGAAUGAAUACUAGCUUGACAAAUAUUGUAUCUUACUUUAAGCAUCUAUCAUCUAAUGGUGUAAUCUUUAAUUCUGAAAAUGAUUAUUAUUGUCAUGACACAGAUGAUACAGUAUCAAGGGGGAUAACAUCAACAGGAAAAAAUUUAUAUAAUAUAAAUGGUAAUAAUAAAAUUAAUGAGAGACAUGAAUUAAUAUCAUUAGAUACAUUUUUAUCUAAUAAUGAGAAAAAAAAAAAAAAGAAUAAUAUGAAUGUAUUAAAUAAUACAGACUUCAAAAAUAAAGGUGGAAAAAAAAAGAAAAAAAUGAAUAUUCAUUUAAGCAGUGAUAAAGAGGAACAUAAAGAUGAACAUAUAGAUGAACAUAUAGAUGAACAUAAAGAUAAACAUGUAGAUGAAGAAGAAGAAUAUGUAGAAAGAAUAAAACAAAAAAAGCAUACAUAUUAUGAUUAUUGUAAUAAUUCUUUACUUUAUAAUGAAAAUAAAGAUAAUGGGGUUAAUAAUUAUUGUUCCUUUGGUAAUAAUGAAGAUGGAAAUAGGGAUAUAUUUUCCUAUUCAGAGGAAAAAAAUUAUAAUAUUAUUACAUAUGAUAAUAGUCAAAUUACUAGUUCGGAUAAGAAUAAUUAUAACAAUGGGGAAAAAAUAAUAGAAAAGAAAAAUUUUAAAGAUGAUUCAAUUAUGAGUAAGCAUCAGAAUGAUACUAAGGAAGAAGACACUUCUUUGGAUUUAUAUGGAGACUCUUCUAUUUAUGUAAAUACGAACAAAAAGUAUAAGAGUCGUGUGGAUAUACAUAAAACCAUUAGAGAAGUAUUAUCUAUUAUAUGUGUAUUAGGAUUAAAUAUAAAUGGAGAACCAAAAGAAAAUAAAAAGGAAAAUAAAAAAGAAAAUAAAAAUGAAAAUUUUUCGGAUGACACAAAUUGUAUAUUUGAUGAGCUUCCAUGGUUAUCUAGCUUAUCUGAUUUGAAGAAUUCAGUGACAUAUAAUAUGGAUAGAAAGUGUCUUGAAUUAUUUUUUUGCAAUUUGGUUGACAUUAUAUGUAUGGAUGUAUUUUUAGUGUCUAUCCUAAAUUUUGCUACCCACAAGAAUGGUGAAAAUAAUCAUAAGUAUACUAGGGAUAAACAUAAUAAUGUGAGUUUUAAAGACAAAAGGAAUUAUAAGAAAAUAUUACAAAAAACGAGUGAAUUAGAUUCUGAAUAUUACCUUAAUGAAGAAUAUAAUGAUGAGUUUUUUGAAAGUAGAAAAGAUUCCCCUUAUUUCCCUUCCCGAAGCAAAAAUGACAAUAUUAAUAUGGAUAGAAUACAAAAUUAUAAUAUUCAAAAUGGUGAUAAUAGUAGCAUUGGUGAUAGUAAAGCGAAAGUUAAUAUUGAUGUAAAUAAUAAUGAUAAUGAAAAUGAAAAUGAAAAUGAAAAUAGUAGUAGUAAUAGUAAUAGUAAUAGUUAUUGUAAUAGUAAGGACUCAUUAAGAAUGCACACUAAGAAUAUGGGAAAAAAUAUUAACAGCAGUAGCGAAUCCGGAAACACAAACGGUAAUAAUGGAAAUUCACUAAGGAAUUCUAUUUUUAUGGAAGAAAAUGAAACGAACGAAUCUUAUAGGAACAAAAGAAGAGGAUCGUUAAGCAAAGAUAAAAAUGAUGAUGACUUGUCAAAUGAUGAAAAAGACGAAAUAUAUCAUAAAGAUAGAAAUAAAAAAGAAAGACAUAGUGAUAACAAAAACAAAAUCAAAAAGAACAAAGCAUAUAAAAAUAAAAAGCAAAAAAAUAAAACAUCGAAUUCAAACAAAAUGAAUAAAAAUUCGUUGUAUGGAUAUACCUUAUGUUUGAUUGGAACAAAAUCAAUUAUGUGCUGUUGUAUUAUAUUAAGAACAUUAUUAGAGAUGAAUUCAGAUGGGUAUUAUGAACCAAAUGAAAAGGUGUAUGCCUCUUGUAAAAGGUUGUUGAAUUUUAUAAAAUUAUUCUUCUUUAUUGAUAUAGGAAUAAGUGAUGUAUUGAUAAAAUACUUUGCUGAGAAAAAUAUGAUGAUGGAUAUGAAUUUCUUAUUUGACAAAAGGGAAGAGAAAAAAUAUGGAAAUAAUAAUAGUGAAAUUUGUAGCACAUCAUCAUUUCUGAAUAGUUUUGUAAAGACCACAAAUGGAAACAAUAAAAAUAAUAAUAAUAAUAAUCAUAAGGAUUAUAUAAACUGGAAAGAGAAUGUAACCUUUGAUAAUCAAAGUUAUCAUGAUAAUAUUCAUACAAAUGAUUUAUUAAAUAAUAAGGAAGAGCAUCAAUCAAGUUAUAUUUCAACAAACGGAAAGAAUAAAGAUACAAAAGAUGUUGUACAAAAUGAAUAUAUAAAUAUAUUAGAAAUAGUAAAUUAUUGUGGUAUACCGAAUAACUUUCUCGAAUAUUUUGAUAUAUCUACUCCGACAAUUAAAAAUCAACAAGUAAUAGCACAAAAUGAUAGUUUUGAUUUAUGGAUAUAUAUUAUGAACCUAUUAAUUUGUUUUAAUAGUCAAAAUAAAUAUUCCUUAAGCUUCCCUCAAAGUAUUAACCAACUCAAUGAAAACUCCAUAAAAAAUACACUGUUUGAUCUAGAAUAUUCCAAUUCAUAUUUUUCUAACAAAAUAUUGCGUAAAACUGUUAAAUUCUAUGCCUUAUGGUUGUUGAAAAAAUAUAUAAUAGAUAUGACAUGUGUUAUGGCUUCUUUGGUUCCAAAACUUUUCAUUGAUGAGUUAAAAACAAAUUUGAUGAAAAUAAAUGAGGGUGUAAGAAAUGGGGAAGAAAUAGAGAACAUUAGGAAAGUUCAAAAUAAAUAUAUAAAUUCACAAGAUUCAGAAAAUUAUAAUAGUGUGAAUACAAAAGAAAUGAAUCAUAGGACGCUUGUAUCAAAAUGUUUUGAAAAUGAGAAAACAAAAUUAGAUGACGUUUUUAGUAAUAAAGAGGGUCAUGAAAUGGUAUAUGAUUCUUUUGAUGAUAAGAAGGAUGUGUUGCAAAAUAUAAAUCACGCCCAAAUUAGUGAAGAAAAGAACAAUACCAAAAAAAAUAAUAAUAAUAAUAAUAAUAGUUGUAAUAAUUGUAAUAAUAUUUAUAUUAAUAAAUAUUCUUGUUAUAAUGAUAAAGAGGAAUAUCAACACGAAUCGUUAUGGAUCAAUAAUGAUCAUCAUAAUAAAACAGAAAGAAAUUUUAAUGACAAAAUGAUGCCUGUUAAAAAGAUAUAUAAUCCUAAAUAUAGAAAAGCAAACAAAGUAGAACAUAUAGGCCAAUUACUCAAUGCACAAUUAAGAAAUAAAGAAGAAAUAUUAAAUAUAUUUAGUAUUAUAUAUUUGUUUCGAAUAUGUAUAUAUUACCUUGGUAGAAGUAAAGAUUUCCGAAAAGAAGAUUACUGGCAAAACUUUCAAGGACAAUUAAGAAAUGCAAAAAUUAAAGAAAAUGUCUACAAACUUCUUAAUGAAAAGAGUUGUAAAUUGUCUUUACUUUUUGGAUGGCAAAGAAUAUUUUAUCAAUGCGUUGUAUCAUGGGAUGAUGAAAAACUAGUAAACCAAUUAUUAAUAAUAAUACAAUCAGAAUUGUUAUAUCAUUUAAUUGGAUCUGUUGCUCAGAGUAUGUCACAAAAGAGAGUUAAAGUAGAACAGUUUUAUGCAAUUUCCCCUUCUGUUCAUGUUGCUCAUUGGAUGAUAGAUACUUUUGUUCGACAUCCAUUAUGUCCAUCUAAAAUAAGAUCUUGUUGUAUUACACCUAUGACAGUAACCUCUUUAUUUGGAUUAAUUAUGAAUGGUAAUAGACUUCCCAUCUUUUUAGGAAUCGAUGUAUGUAGAUUAGUGUACUGGUGUUGUGUAGUAUAUAUUUUACAAAAUAAUCAAGUGCAUAAGCAUCACAAGAAAUUAAAUAACAUUGAUAUGUUAAGUCAGUUGAACAUAUCUAUGGAAGAACCUUUGAAUAAUGAAUGGGAAGAUGCUACGUGUGUCCAUAAAAAUGAAAUUACUAAAAGUUAUCAUAGUACAAAAAUUUAUAAGCAGCAUAAUGAUUAUUUGACCACCAGAGGCAAAAUGCAAAAAGUAAAUUGUAAUUACUACUCCUUCUUAAGUUAUGUAUUCCAUUGUGUAAAUAUAUGUGGUUCGUCAAUUAUUAAUCAAAUAAUAAGUUUUAAUAAUAACGACUCUGGAUACAAAAAUAAUGCAAAUAAAAAUAAAGGGAACGACAAUGUAAGUAACAACAACAACAAUAAUAAUAAUAAUAAUAUGAAUGGAAGUAGUAGUAAUAAUAAUAAUAAUACUAAUGGUAAUAGUAGUAAUAAUAAUAAUAAUAUGAAUGGUAGUAGUAGUAAUAAUAAUAAUAAUAGUAAUAAUAACAAUAAUAACAAUAAUAAUAAUGUAAGAAAUACUAAUAAUGAACAUGUAAAUAAUAUUAUUGAUAAUUUAAAUAAUAACAUUAAUGAUAUACUAAACUGCAUGCAAAACUCAUCCAAUAAUAGAGUUCUAAAUAAUCAUUUCAAUGGUGUCAGUAGUGUUAGUAAUGAAACUAUUUACAAUUUAAAUAUAACCAAUAGAAGAAGCAGUCAUAAUAUUUCAUCUAACAAUAUUAAUAAUACAAAUACAUUACAAGAAAAUACAGAAACAAAUAAUACUUGUAAUGCUAACAAUUUGGGUGCUAUGAAUUCUUUAUAUUUAAAUGGAACUAAUGGAAAUAUAAAAAAUGAAAAGAUAGUAUUACACAACUUUUCAAAUUUUGAUUUAGUGGAGAAUAAAGAGCACAGUGUUUAUAAUUCUAUGAAGAUGAAUGCUUCCUUACUAGUUCAUUAUUUUGCUUGUGCUGCCUAUUACAUUAAAAGAGCUGAUGUACAUAAUAUUAUGAAUUAUUAUAACGAAAACACACAUGCUAAUUUUAAACAAUACUGUUUAUAUUUAUAUGUUGUGGAUCAUGUGUCAAAAAUAUAUUCAAAGUAUAUUAAAAGAAAAAUGAAUUUAAAAAAAAAAGGAGUUAAAAAGGAUGAUCAGCUAAUCACAUCAUCGUUUUUCUCUGACGUUAUGAAAAAGGAUCCAAAUGAAAAAUCUCAUAUGUCAUAUGAUGAUUACAUGAAUAAUAAAUGUGAUCAUAAUAAUAAUAAUAUUAAUAAUAAUAACAAUUUGAUGAAUAACGAAAACGAUUUCAUCGUAAGGAAGGACUCCAAAAUUAGCAACAAAAAUUACAGUUUCAUUUCAGAUUAUAAACAUUCAGAUAAAACCAAAUGCAGAAAACAUACAUAUGAUGAUUGUUAUAAAGGCCAUUAUCCUGAACUUUUUGUUGACAAUGUAUUACAUCUCCCAAAAAAACUUUCUGCAAAUAUUAUUAUCAAUAUUAACGAAAAAAUACAUCAUAUAUCAUCUUCUAAUUCCAACACGAUUAAAAUGAAAAUAAGAGAUAUGUUUGUAUUGCCAAAACAAAAUGAUAAAUCUCUUAUUCACAAAGGAAUUUUUAGUACUCACCAUAAUAAACCAUUCUAUGAUAAUGAAGAAAAAAAUAUUGUUGAAUAUACAAAAAAACAAUCAUACGCUGACAAUAUUGUUAAUGAUCAAAACAAAAAAGAUUUUACAUAUAAUGAGAACAAAGAUAAGUUUGAUGAUAAAAGUAACUGUAAUCUGAAACAAAAAAUUAACCUAUUAAAUAACGAGGAAAAGGAAAAAAUUGAAAAGGUUACUCAGAAAAAUUUUAAGCAUCCUAAUAUCAUUUUUAGUGCGGAUAACAACUUUAAUUACAUUUUGAAUGAAAUAAAAUUUAAGAAAAUACAAGAAUUUGUGUAUCUUAACUCAAAUGUUAUAGAUGAAAAAGUAGAUUUAGAUACUAUAGAAAAAAUUACAUUAGGUUCAUAUAUUGAAUUAACUGAUAUAUACAAUUUACCUGGAUCCUUUUUCUUAAUAGGUAAUUCAGAAUUAUAUUCAGGUUCCUCUAAUUUAUGUUCAUCAUCUUUUACCAUAAGUCUAAUAUUGGUUGAUAAUAAUGUGGACAAUAUGUCCAAUGGUAAUUUCAACAAUUUCCCAAAUAUUGAAAUUGGAGUCAUAAAUAGAAAAAAAUAUUAUGAAGUAAAACUGGAAGAAGAUGAUAUAGAAAUAGAAGAUGAAGACGUAGAAAGAGAUGAAGCGGAUAGGAGUGAAAACCCACAUGAUGAGAAAGAUAAAGUAGGACAAAUAAAAAGUGAAAACAAAAAAGAAAAAGAUGAUAAAGAAGCAUGGUUACAUUAUGAUGAUGGAAAGUAUAUUAAUAUUAAAGUCAAAAAGUUUAGUAAUUGCAGAAUAUCAAAGAAUGAAGAAGAUAAUAACACAUAUAGUUUAAGGAAUAAGGAACUAUUAAGUGAAAAAAAUAUUACAUCUAAGAAUAGUAAAUAUUUAUAUGACAAAAAAGUUGUUGAUGAAUCAUUAAAGUGCACAAGAAAAAAAUCAUUUUCUAGUCGAAGCAGAAAAAAUGAAGAUGAAUAUGAAGAUAUUGAAAAGAGGCAUUCAAGUAAUAUUACAACGGAUAUAAAUAAAAUACCUCACAUGAGUUUAACAAAAUAUGUAAAUAAUGAGCAAAUAGAAAAAGGUAAAACAACUAGGGGUAAUAAACGUGUUCAAAAUGUAAAUGAAAAAAUAAGAAAUACAAGAAAUGGUAAUAAUAUAAAGGAAGAUGAUAUAUAUAAUGAAAACAACAACAAAAAUGAUAAUACUAUUAAUAUUAACAAUAAUAUGGUGAGUGGUAAUAAAAUAUUUCAGGAACCUUUAUCUGAUAUAACCAUGAAGAAUUCAAGUAGUAACUUUUUUCAUAAUAAAUAUGAACAUCUUAAUAAGACUAAUUAUAUAACCUUAAAUAUUUCUGAUGGUAGUGUGAAUUCAAAAGGAUUUGAUUGCACUGACAAUAACAUUGAAAAUAUGAAAGAAUUAUUAACAAACAAAAUGUCAGGUGUUUUAAAUAUUACAGUACAGAUAGUUGGGAAAAAAAUAUUAUGGUUUGCAAAUAAUACAUUAAUUUUUUGUAAAGAUUUUUCUUACGAAAUGAAAGAAUUUCUACCAUUCUUAAAAGUUUCUCCAAUAGAAAGUAAAAAAAUACCAAAAAAUAAUGAUUACAAUAAACCGUCUGUACAUAUGAAAUUUACAGAAAUGAAUGAAAAAACAUUUGUUUCUCCUUUAUCAAGCUUUUAUUUUAAGUUUGAAAAUAUUCAUAAGUUGAAAUAUGAAAAUGAUUGUAUAAAUGCGAAUAAGUUGUGGAGUAAAUGUUUAUGGAAACCUAUGUUUUUUAUAUUGCCUGAUGUUAAUAAUAGUGGUGACAAUAAUGUGGACGUCCCAGGAACUUCAACACAAGUAAAUGUUCAUAAUAAUAAUAAAAAUAAUAGUGAUAGUAUGGGGAAUAAUACGAAUGAUACGAAUUUUAUAAAUCAUGCUAAAAUAAAAAAUAUGAUACCUUCCAUUAUACCACAAUCAGCCAAUGAAAUAGUUAUAAAAUAUAAUAAAUAUCAUAAUACAUAUGGAAAUAUAGAAUAUGAAGACCAAUUCGCAAACACUGUAUUUGUUAGCCCAAAUAUCCAAAUAAAAAGUGAACCUAUAAAUAUUACUUAUUAUAUGUACUGUAAGAAUGCCCAUGGAAAAAGAUACAAAUUACUUUGCAUGGAAAAUAUAAAGAAUAUCAGAAGUAUAUCAAUUAAGAAUUAUUACGGUUUUAUAGAUUUAUGCAAUCAAUUUAAACAUAGCGAGAAGCGUACAUCUAGUAGUAUGGAACAGAAAAACACAAAUAAUAAUAAUAAUAAUAAUAAUAAUAAUAAUGUGAGCUAUAGUCAUCAUAAUAUGUAUCAGGUACAACAGAAACCUUAUUCUAAAAUAUUUGAUACAAGAAAAAAUGUAGAAAGAGAAAAUUCAAAUAACAAAGCUGAUUUGGUAUUGAAACAACAUUUGAAUAGAAUAAUAAAUAAAGGUGAAGAUGUAAGAAUUAAUAAUAAGAGUACUUUAGAUAUAUGCAACAAGUUGUUAUUAUCAAAUGAGUGUAAAACAAAUGAAAAGAAGAAAAAAACAGGAAGUAAUAAUAUAGGAUCGAAUACUAAUAUGCAUGAAUUAAGUGAUAACAAUAGAGGACAAUACACCUCGUAUUAUAACGAACAACUGCUUUCAGAUAGUUUAAGCAAAAAUGUUAUACAUAGUAAUUACAUAAAUGAUUAUUUUACCUUAAAUAGUGAAAAUAAAAAUAACUCCUCCAAUAAUAAUAAUAAUAAUAGUAAUAGUCAUUGUAAUAGUAAUAGUAAUAACAAUGUACAUAUUAAAUACAAAUUAAACCAAAUACCUAAAAUAAGAAAACAUUUUCAUAAUAACAUAAAAUAUAGCUCCAUACAAGAAAUUAAUGACAACUCUCAAUAUAGUAAUAAGAAUAUUAUAGACGAAAAGAAAACAAAGGAAUAUUCAAAUGAUACAUAUAAUACAAAGAAAAAUCAAGGACAUUAUAUGGUAGAUCCUACGAACGAAAAAGAAACAAUAUAUGAUAAUAAAAAUAAUGAUCAUGGUUAUUCCAAUAAUUUCCUUGAUGUUAAUAAUUCACAACAGAAACAUGUAGAUAAUAAAAAUGCAUUCAAAGAGAGUAUUACAUGUUAUGAUAUGGAUAAAAUGAAAGAUAAACAAAUUGAGAAUUUUUCAAAUGAUUCUAGUAAUUAUUCUAUGUAUUAUAUAGGAUGUAAGGAAUUUAAAUUAUGUGUUGAUUCAUAUGAUUCAAUAUUUCCAGCAAAACCAUUUAUAUUUAAUUGUACAGUUAAUUUUAAAGAGGAAGAAAAUUAUUAUCACAAAAAAAAUGAUCUUACAAAUUCUUUUGGUAUUAUAUGGGGUAUAUAUCGUUGGUUAUGGAAAAGUAAUGGGAAAUUUAUAUGUCCAUUCAGAUUACCUUUAUGUGUUUCUGAAUUUCCAUCUGAAAAAAUUGAAGAAUGUGAAAUAGAUGUGGUUGGAUAUAAAUCGAAUGAUAAUCUAUGCAUUGAAUUUCAACCUUUAUAUCAAUGUUUAUUAUUUUAUAAGAAUGGAACUUAUCAAUUUGGAUUUAAAUUUGAUUCCUUUUACAAUUAUAGAAAUUUAAAAAAUACAUUCUUGAGUGAACCGAAUGGAGAUAUGAAUAUGGAUCGAGACCACCAAAAUAUAUCCAAAUUGUCUUAUUCUAGUAGUAUAAGCAACGCAAAUUUUAAUGAUAACUUUUUUGUAAAGAGGUUUGCACAUAACAAAUAUGAACAUGUAUCAACAGAGAUGAAUGAUGUACAAAAGAUGAAUAAAAAGAAAGAUGAUAAUAUGGAUAAUAAUAUGAAUAAUAAAGAUAAUAAUAUGAAUAAUAAAGAUAAUCAUAUGAAUAAUUAUGAUGAUAAUAUGAAUAAUUAUGAAGAUAUAAUAAACAAUUACCUGGAUAGUAUGAAUAAGGAUCAUGUAGUUGCACAAAAUAAUUUAACAUUAAAUUCAGAACACAAUACUAAGGUAAAUGUUUCUACUUUCUUCCCUAUUUCAAAUAUGUAUACAAUUUCGAAUGAACGAAAGAGUGGUAAUAAAGUGAAUGGAACUAAUAGUAUGGUAAAAGAGCGUGCGGAACGACGGGGAAAGAAUAAAGGAAUGAAUAAUAAUAAUAAUAAUAAUAAUAAUAAUGAUAAUAAUAAUAAUAAUGAUAAUAAUAAUAAUGAUGGUAAUCGUGACAAUAUUGAUAAUAUUAAUAGUUUUUAUAAUAAGGAUAGAAAUAUACCAUAUGAUAAUUUGAAACAAGAAAAACCAAACGAUAGUGUUAUAAGAAUUAAAAAUCAUGUAAAUAUGAUUAAAUUAUAUAACUGUUUAUUACUAAACGAUUGUGAAAACGUUUCCUCUAUUUUGACAAAUAAUCCAGAAUUAUUAUCUAAAUCAAAUGAAAAUAUGUCUGAAAUAACUUUUGAACAUUAUCAAAUGAAUUCAGAUGAUUUCCCUUACGAACUUAUUUCAUCUAUGAAAAAUAUAAUGCAUGAAAAAUAUUUGACUCCAUUGAUGUUAGCCUGUAGAAUUGGAUGUGAAGAGUGUGUACAAAAUAUAAUUGAGAAAGGUAAAGUGAACCCAAACAAAAGUUGUCAUAAAAUAGAAAAGGAGACUCCUUUAAUGGUUGCUGCACAAAAUGGACAUAGCAGAAUUGUUUGUAUGUUGAUUUGUGUAUAUGGUGUUCAAGUAAAUAAAAAGGAUAUUAAAGGAAAUACUGCUCUUCAUAAAAUAUUAUUGAAUUCUUCCAAUACACAAGGAAAGAAAAAUUCUACUAUCAAAAUUGUUCAAUUGUUAUUAAAACUUGGAGCUGAUCUAACUAUUAAGAAUAAGAAGGGUAUAUCUGUGGAAGAACUUGUACAAAAAAAACUUAUAAAAAAUGAAAAAAUUGAAAAUCUUUUAAAUAUAUGGAUAACAUUAAUAAUAAAAAAUAAGAAAAAACAUGAAGGGCGUUAUAUUCCUAGGAAUAUCAUACCUGGAUUGCUUUCUAAUUGUUCCAUAGUUGUUGGAUUUCCAAAAGGUACAAAUGGUAAUGUACCAAAUGAAUGUGGAGUAAAAAUAAAUUCGUUUGUAGUAGCUGGAGAAGAAUUAGUGAAUGUAAGGUAUCAUAAAGAAAAACCAAGGAAAUAUACAUUUGAUGAUAAUAAUAUAUACAAUAAUGUACAUAAUAAUGUACAUAAUAAUGUACAUAGUAAUGUACAUAAUAAUACACACAAUAAUCUAUACAAUAAUGUAUGUAAUAAUGGUGAUUAUAAAAAUGAUCUUAAUAAAGAGGAUGAUACUUGUUAUAUUAAUUUUAAUUAUGAUAAGUUGAAUUAUAAUUAUAACAAAUGGAGAGUAAGGACCAAGGAAGAAGAAUAUUUUAGCUGUGAUAAUUCAUCUAGUAACUCUUCUAUAUCCAAAUUUGGUAAUUUAGAAAAGAAAAUAAUAGAAGAUCAUGAAAAAUAUAAGUUCUCAAAAUAUGGAAGAUAUUCUAAUGGGCUAUGUUAUAAAGGAGAAAAGAAUAAUACACACUAUAACAAAGGUUUUGAAGGUAUGAACUCUUUAGAAUUUGAUGCUUUCUCUAGAUGUAAAAAUAUGUAUGAUGAUAUAUAUGAUAAGCAAAAUGAAGAACAAUUAUUGUACAACAAUAUUAAAGAUGAUGAAAUAAAUCAUUCCAAUGAUAAUAUUAAACCGUACCUUAAGGAUGAAGAAGAAAAGGACGAUGAUGAGUACCAAAAGCCAUAUGACAAGAGAGUAAUUAAUAAAAAUGAAAAUAAAAAUAAUUGUGAUGGUAUAAAUAAUUGUGAUGGUAUAAAUAAUUGUGAUGAUAUAAAUAAUUGUGAUGAUAAAAAUAAUUGUGAUGAUAUAAAUAAUUGUGAUGAUAAAAAUAAUUGCGAUGAUAAAAAUAAUUGCGAUGAUAAAAAUAAUUGCGGUGAUAAAAAUAACUGUGAUGAUAAUACUAUCUUGUCGGUAGGCAAAAAAGAUAAAAGAAAUAAAAAAGUUAUGAAUACUAGUAGUAAUGGUAAGAGAACAACAUCAAAAAAUUCACGUAACCUGUCAUCAGGAAAAAAUAUAAAAUGUAGUAAAAAUUCAACUUAUAAUAAUGAAAAAUACUAUUCUAAGGAAACAAAUAGCAAUUUAGAAAAUCAUGCCAUACAUAUGGAUCAUAAGGAUAGUGUAGAUGAAACAUUUGUAUUCAUCGAAAAACAAAAGAGAAACAAUAAAAGUAACACAAAUGAUCCAAUGACUUAUAAUCCUGUUAGUCAUAACAAAGAAAACAUAUUAAAUUAUAUAUUAGUCCACACAUAUGUUGAUGGAAAAUUUGGAACAAGAUCGGCUUAUAACCAUGAUAUGGAAACAGAGCACGGAAAGGAUAACAUAUUUGAAGCGGGAAAUAAAAAAAAUAAAGCAUUGAAUAGCAACAUGAGCAAUAAUAAUAAUAUCAACAAUAAUAUUAACAAUAAUAUUAACAAUAAUAUUAACAAUAAUAUCAACAAUAAUAUUAACAAUAAUUAUAAUAAUUAUUAUUAUGGUAAAUACCAAGAUUUUUAUAUGCUUAGAAAAGAUAAGAAGAAGAGGAAACAUCUCAUACUUUCAAACCUUCAAAAUAACCUAUUCAAUUAUCACGAUUUGAAAUAUAGUUUAAUCGAAUUUAUAAAUAAAUCAGGAGUAUUCUCUGAUAUUAUUAAGGGUCAUAGUUAUUUAGAUUCAAAAAAGAAAAUACCAAAAUUUGAUGAGUUGAAAAAUUCAUUAAUUGAAGCUAAUAACGAAUUAGAUAUAAUAAAAGGAUUCAAAAAGUUCUUGGAAUUAUUUGAUUUCUUAUAUAUGGAUGAUAGAUUGAAAUAUUUUCUAAAUAUUGAUUUAAGAAAAAAUUUGGAAAAUUCUCGUAAUUUAAUUGAUCUUGGUUAUAUCCUCCUUAAAAUAGAUAGCUUCUGUUGUAUAUUCAAUAGUUUUAAAUUACAGUGGAAAGAUAAUUCACAUGAAGAAUGGAAGAAAAAAUUAUUAAAAGGAAUAGGCAUAUUAAAUGAAUUUUCAGAUAUUAAAUGGAUAACCGAUUCCUAUACUAUUUUUAAGUAUGAAGAAGAAAUCCUUGAAUCGGCAUCUUUUAUUGAUAAGAUAUUACAAAAUGGUAAUUAUAUGGCAUUCUAUAAUAAUUUAAUGAAUAUAAUUCAUGAUAAGGAUAUACAUUUAAAAAAUGGAUUGUACGAUUCUUCUCAUAUAUUUAACGACAUGCUUAAAAAUAUAAAUAUAGAACAUUUUAAUAGGGAUACAAUUCUGUAUGAUAUUUGUUCGAAACAAAAUAUCUUAAAAAAUUAUUUUAUCCAAGAAAGAAAUAAAAAAUAUGCUAUUAAUAAUAACGACUCGAAGGUAGGAAAUGACAAAUAUAAAAAUUAUAUGAAUGAAUAUUUCGCGAAUAAAAAAUUGCAAGGUCAUAGUAAUAAUAAGGACAUUUAUUAUUCCAUGAAUGAUUCAGAGGAUGAAUAUAUUUAUAGUAAAGAAAAAAGAUAUAAAAAAUAUCAAACACGUGAUAAAUAUCUAUAUAAGUCUGAUAUGAAAGAAGAAAUGUAUGGAAAAUCGAAUGAAUUAUAUAAUAAUAGUUUGAAUAAUUCAAGUAAUAUAAAUAAUUAUAGCGAUUUUUACAAUAAUGUAAUAGUUAACAGAAAAGAUGAUAAUACAUGUGCUGCUAAUAGGAAGGAUCGCAGUAUGACAUCGGUUGAUUAUAAAAAUUAUAUGUAUGGAGAGCAGCAACAUGGAGACAAGACAUAUAAAAAAGGAAUGUAUGAUGUAGAGAGGAAGCAAGGUUUGUUUAAUAAUAGUGAAAAUAAUGAACAACAUGAUUUAAUAAAUAAGGUGAGUGGUAAGGAAGAAAAUGUAAGAAAACCCAAACAAAGAAGUAUUCGUAGUAAGAGAUUAGAAGAUAUAAUAGAUAGAAUGUAUGAAGAUAAUGAUAUAAGUAAUAGAGAGAAUUCAAAAAAUAUAGAUAGUUUGAAUAAUAUUAGUAUAAAUGGUAGGAUUAAAUUUCCAUCUUAUAGUAAAAACCUUUUAGGUUAUAGAAAUGGAAACUUUUUGCUCAAUUAUUCUAACAGCAUAUUUGAAAAAGGAAGAGAAGAUGAAUCAUUAAAUAGUCAUUCUCCUCUAGUUACUUCGAAUUUAUUAUCGAGCUAUUCAAAUGAGAGGCAUGGAAUAAAAUUAGCAUUUAGAAAUUCAGGAGAACAAAGAAAAAUGAUGAAAAGUAAAUAUAAUAAUAAUAAUAAUAAUAAUAAAGAUGAUGGUGACGGUGAUAAUAACAAUGAUAAUAAUAAUGACAAUAAUAAUGACAAUAACAAUAAUAAUAAUAAAAUUCAGGACCAAUAUAAUCGUGUUUAUGAUGUGGAUCAUCAUAAAUUUAUAGAAAAAGGCCAUUAUUCGAAAAACACAAAUAAUAUAUUAUCACCAUUAAAUAACUACAAUGAUUUGAAUACACAAGAAGAAAAUAAUAGUUUCGAAAAUAAUUAUAGUUGUGAAACCUUUUGUGAUGAAUAUGAUAGUGAAGAAAGCGAGUUCGAAUUAAUGUGUGAAUUUCAUUUUACUUCGAAACCUGAGGAAGAAAUAAUGAUAAGAGAACAAUUUAAUAAAAUAUGGCCACAAACAUUAGAUAUGUAUAUACUUCAUAUAUAUGAUUUAAUAAGUAGUUAUAUGGAUUCUCCUGAAAAAAUAAGUUUAUUUAUUUAUCAUGCUUUUGAUAUGGAAAAGAUAAAGAAGAAAUUACCAAGUAAAAGUUCUCAAUUAUGGAAAAGAAUUAAUAUGUCUCUUGAUGAUUUUAUUGAAGAAAUAAAAAAUGUACACAAUUAUACUAUGAGAAUUAUAUAUCAAAGUAAUUAUAAAAGAUAUGGUAUGUUACCUCCAAAUUUUAAGAAAUAUUUUACUUUAUCAGAAGAAUGUUUAAAAAAUAUAGCUAAAAAUAAAAUAAUUAUGAAUAUGGAUUAUUAUAAGAAUUAUAUUUAUGAAGAAAAUAAAAAGACCUUUUUAAAAAUAAUACAAGAUCGUAUAUAUCUAUUGAAUAAAUUUAAUAUUUAUUUUGAAAACUGUUUACCAAUAACAAGUAUAUUAUUUAACAAACCAGUUAUUAAUUUAGAAGAACAAGGAUUAAGAACCUUAGAAUGUCCUUUGUGUUUUUUCAUGAGUAAUGAUUCGCAUUUUCCAUGGACAUGUAAAAGGAGAAAUACUUACUUAUUACAAAAUAAUAAUAAUUCCUGGUUAGUUCAAAAAAUGAGGACUGAAUCAUAUGAUAAUGAUAAUAAUAAUAAUAAUAUUAAUAAUAAUAUUAUUAGUAAUAAUAAUAAUUGUGUGUCCAAAAAUGUAUCCAUGAUAAGUUUAUAUAAUAACACAAACUAUAGCAAUAAUGAUAAUAAUAGUAGUAUUUUUGGAAAAAGUAAUUACCCAAUAAAAGUUGAAGGGGAUCAUAUAAAUGAAAAUGAUAAAAAUUAUUCGGAGAAUAAUCAUUAUAAUUAUAAUUUGAAUAAAAAUUCUUGUAAUGAGAGAUGUAUAUGUGGAAAAAAUAGGAAACAAAAUGAUGACAUAAAAAAAAUAAAAUCAGGAAAUGAAUACAUUAUUAUGGAUUCUAUGCAAUCUUUAGAUAAAAAUAGUACCAUGUUUAAAAAGGGAUCAUUUGUUUUAAAUAACGGAAAAAAUUCCUAUAAUAGUUAUAUGGAAAUGGAAGACAAAGAAUAUCUAUUUGGAAACAUGGACAAAUCAAAUAAUCAUAAUAUAUGUCCUGAUAAUGAAAUGAAUUAUAAAAAUAAUAAUCAUGAUGACAAUUAUUAUAAUUAUAAUUAUAAUAAUAAUUAUUUAUUUGACAACGAAAGUGAAGAUGAAAAUGAAAUAUUUGUGGAUUGUGAAAAGUAUUGUAAAAAUAUGUACAGUUCCAACAAAAUGGUUUUGGCUUUAGGAUCUUCUGAUUUACCUAUACAGUUAUCAUCAUAUUUGUUUAUUAAAAAGUUAUUAAAACAUGACAUAUGUUUAAAAUUAUGGAAAGAGUGUUUAAAACAUAUCACGUCUUCUAGUUCUGAGAAAUCUAAUUUAACAUUGAGGAUAGAUAGAGGUAUGGCAGCUACAGCAAAACAUAUUGCUCAUACCAUGUGGUAUCAAAGUACAUAUUCUUUAUUAAAUAUAGAUACGGAUAAAUUAAGAGGAAAACCAAGAGAUCGACCUUUUAUGGUAGUAUUUGUUGGAGAAGGAGCUACAGAUUUUGGUGGCCCUUUCCAUGAAUAUUUAUCUUCUAUAUCAAGAGAAGUAAUGGGGAAAUUAUCUGAUUCUCCAGAUAAAAGCUUGCCAGUUUUUCCUUUGUGUAUCCCUUGUCCUAAUUAUACUCAAGCAAUAGGUGCUAGACAAGAUACUGUAAUAAUUAACCCUCAAAGCACACCAUAUGUUGUUAAAGAAUGGGAUUACAUUGGAGAAGUUGAUGUUAUUGAUAAUUUAGAAAGUUUCAGAUGGCAAAUAUUAAAUAUAUACAAUUCAAUAAAGGACAUAAAAAAGAAAUUACAAAAGGGUGCAAAGGAUAGUUAUGAAGAUUAUAAGCAAAAGAUGGAGGAAAAUGUCUCUGAUGAUAAUGGCUUAGAAAAUAAUAUGCAAAUAAAAGGUAAAUCAAAAAAUAAAGGAAAAUACAAAAAUAAAAAUAAAAGGAACAAAAUGGAUAUGGCAAGUGAUAUUCAUAAGGAUGGAAUAAACAAGGAUAACCCUCAAAAGGACAAUAAUAAUAAUGAUAGUAAUAAUAAUAAUAAUGAUAAUAAUAAUAAUAAUAAUUAUAAUAAUGAUGAUGAAAAAAAAAAUACUUGUUAUGAUAAGAAUAUUCAAGAUAUGAAUUCAAAAGAGAAAAUGUACUUUUAUACAAGUAAAAAAUCGGUUACCUUUGAGAAGUUAGAGGAAAACGAAAAAAUGGAUUACCAAACAGAGAAUAAAUAUGAAUAUCCAUUUGUGUGCGAAACAUGUGAAUACGACAGUGAUAUAUAUGAAAUAAUAAACAAUGCUUCAUUAAAAUCAAGGAAAUUGUUUAUGAACAAAAUAUGGAAAAAGAAAAAAAGUUUGGAUGAUGAGGGUGACAAAAAUGUAAUUCCAAGGGAUCCUCAAGAAGGUGAAAAUAUGCGAGACAAUAUAAGAAGCAACAAUAAUAAUAGUAAUAACAAUAAUAAUAGUAAUAAUAAUAAUAAUAAUAGUAAUAACAAUAUGAACAGUAUUGGGGGUGAUAAAAAUAAUAUGAGUGAUGGAAAGAAGAAAAAUAAAUUUAAUAUAGAUUAUGAUGAGAAAACAAUAAAAGCCAUGGAAUUAGCUAUGUAUGAAUCUUUAGGUAGAGUAAUGGGUAUGUGUGUAUGUAUAGCAUCCGCAUUAAAUAUAUGUUUUAAUCCUAUUAUAUGGAAAAAGAUUUGUGGUGUACCUCUAGAGUUACAAGAUUUGGCUGACUAUGAUUUUGUUGCAGUAGAAAUGUUGAAAACAUUGAAAAUGUUAAAUUCAGAAAAGAGUAAUGAAUGGAAUAUGGAAUUGAAACAAUCAUUAGGUGACAUGACAUUUAUAACAGAAGAUUCAGGAGGAAAUUCGAUUGAGUUAAUAAAAAAUGGAAUGAAUAUACCUAUAAAUUUUGAUAAUUUAGGUUUAUUUAUAAGAUUAAUGACUAAAUGUAAAAUGAAUGAAUCAUCUAAAGGAAUACGACAUUUAUUAAAAGGAUUUAGUUCCAUUAUACCUCUAGGAAGAUUAAGAUUAUUAUAUGACUUUAAAGAUGUGGAACAUAUGGUUUGUGGAGAAAGAGAAAUUAAUAUAGAGGUCUUAAAAGCCCAUACAUGGUCUAAUGACCUUAACAUAAAAGAUAAACUUUUUACAGUUUUAGAAGAGUUUACAAAUGAACAACUACAAUCAUUCCUUCGAUUCGUUUCAGGUAGAUCCAGGUUACCAACAACCAAAAAUGAUUGGUACAUGAUAAUAGAUGUAGAAAAUCCAAAUAAAAAUAUUGGUCCAAUAGAUCAGAGGUUACCUACAGCUGUAACAUGUGGUUUCCGUUUAUUAUUACCACAAUAUUCUUCAUUAGAUAUUUUAAAAGAGAGGUUAUUAUAUGCAAUCAAAAAUUGUACGGCUAUUGAUUUGGAUGCAUAUGUGGUUCACGAUCAAAUGCAGCUCAUGUACGGCGAGUAA